AAAAUAACCAUUAAAAAAAACCUAGAAUAACAAUGAUAAGAAGCCAUUUUUCUCAAAAUGUUUAGCCUAUAAAAGCAGUUCAAAUUUUAAACAUUUAUCAGUUCAAAAUGAUUACCAACUUGAUCAUUUUUGGCCUCUUGGUCUCCUCAGCUUUAGCCAAUAACCGUCGCAUUGUUGGUGGUAGCUCUGCCGAUAUCAAAUACUAUCCCUACCAGGUAUCACUCCAAACUUUGAAUCCUGGCGGAGUUACUCAUAUCUGUGGAGGAGCUAUUCUUUCCCCCGAGUGGGUUUUAACCUCGGCAAAUUGUUUCGCAUUCUUGCCAACAAGCAAAUUAGAACAUUUCCGAGUUGUUGCUGGUAGCACAAGCCUAGCUGAUGCAGCUUUCUCAGGUCAAACAGUUCGAAUGGCAGGAUUGGAAUCAUUGCACAUACAUCCGACCUAUAGCUUAAAGAACGCACAUAAUGAUAUUGCAGUUUUUAAAGUUUCACCACCAUUCAAAUUCAACAAGCUCGUAUACUCAAUUGGCCUGCCCGAAAACAACGAAAACGCCACCGGAAAAGCUAUUGUGAGCGGUUGGGGUUCCGAUAACAGCGAGAUUUCUUUGCCUGUAGAUCGUUUGCGUUGCGCUGUUCAAGAAGUUGUUGGAGUUGACGAAUGUUCAAUUGAAUACAGAGGUAUGUUUAACGACGAGGGUCAUAUUUGCACUCAACCACCAACUGACGGUAAAUGUCCGUACGGCACACUUUGCUUCCAAGAUGGCGGUAGCCCAUUGACACAAAAGAAUAAAAUAAUUGGUAUUGGAUCAAUUGGUGAUUGCCGCAGUAAAUAUAAGGUUUACACUAAAGUGUCACACUAUGUUGAUAGUUUCAUUAAGAAAUAUGUUACUGAUUUGUAAGAGGAAUGCGAUUUUCUUUGACAAAUAAAUGAAUUGAAUUCAAACCAUA